AUGGUUCGAAUUAUACUAGUCAAUAAAAGAAGAAUAGCUGAAGUAGCAGAACUAAAAGUAUCUGACUUUCUGCAAACCCAGAGAAACGAUGAAAUGGAUACGGAGAUAUUCAAUGCCCUGAAUGUGCCAGAGAAAAUUAUCUCCAAAUGUGGGGAAGAAUGGGAAGAUUAUUUCGAUCAGGAUUCAAACCAAAAUGACGACGAAUUCUCAGACUUAGAGGGUUUUUUCGAAGAACAACAAGAAACGGGGGAAACUGUAUGUGAAAAAUUAGCUGGCAUUGUGAAUAGAGCGUUACGGGGGGAAAAUGAUAGCGGAGACAUGGAAAAAUUGAAAACACUUAAAGAAAAAUACAAGAGACCCCACAACUUACAGAAUUUACAGGUGCCUAAAGUUGACGAAAUUCUGUGGAGGAACCUCCGGAAGGACGUAAAGUCGGUAGACUACCUGCAUCAGCGGACAAUAACUAACACCAAUUUCGGAUUAAUACCGGUCCUUAGGGCCAUUCAAGCCCUCAAUGACAAGGACGCCUCGAAGGCUCAGAAAUUCCUAAUGGAUGCAGUAAAAAUUUCCUGUCUGACAGUCAAAACAACAAAUGCAAUACGAGCGAACAACAUAAAAAAGGAAAUCCUGCCAAAAUACAAGACGGCAUGCAACAAUCCCCCUUCAACAGAACACUUAUUUGGCGACAACCUGACUGAGGAAUUCAAGAAAAUGGACAGUGGCAAAUUGAAUGCCACCGUAUCUCAACAGCCUUUUUUAGGGAUGAAGGGAGCUGCGUACAGCAGCUACAACCAACAGAACCAGAGAAUGAAAUUCAAAGUGACACCAAAUCGGUCACAGUACCAGCAAGGGAAGAGAAUAAAUCUCGGACGACCGAACAGAUUUCCGCAGGCAAGGAAACAACAACAACAACAACAACAACAACACCGGAAGUAAACAGUGUGAGUAAUAUUUUUAAUUACGUUUCAAUAAACACUACUGAAAAUUUUUAUGCGGGGAAAACCAAACUUUAUUUGGAAAAUUGGACACGAAACACAAAUGACCCUUGGAUAUUACAAACUGUAUCAGGUUACAAAGUUGAAAUUCUAUCACUUCCGGUACAGAAUUAUGUACCGUCACCCUUAAAAUUUUCGUCGGAAGAGUUGUUAAAAAUAGACGAUGAAUUGGAUAGAUUUAUCAAACAGGGUAUUAUAGAAGAGUUUAACACCAAAGAUACUGAGGAAAAUAACAGAGGACGGGGGAAAGGCAGUUUUGGUAGCACCCAUAUGGACAACGCAGAGUUGGUGGCCAUGCUUACUCCAGCUCAUCAAAGGCCUCUGCUAUCAGCUGCCACAUCCGGGUCAGAGCCUUUACCUACCGUCAAACCCACAGUACAAACAUCCGCUGAAGGCAAUGAAUCUCUGUCUUUUUUAUAUAUCAGCAGAGCACUUAAACGUAAGGGAGUCCCGAAAUCAGACAAGAAUACAGUCUUACACUCUUGGAGAGGAAGUACCAAAAAACAAUAUGAUUCAUACAUCACAAAAUGGAUUGACUUCUGUGAGGGGGAAAUUAAUCCCAUUCAUCCCAACAUAAACCAGGUAUUAAAAUUUUUGAGCGAAUUAUUUGAUAAGGGGAUGGAGUACCGAACUUUAGGGGUUGCGCGCUCAGCGUUAAGUGUAUUUUUAACAAGAGCUGUCCAUAAGACAGCCAAGCUCGACUAUUCGAAAUAUUGUCACAGAAGCUGGAAAUUAUUACCCAAAAUGUUAAAUAUCAAAAGAGUUUUAAGUUCAAAAGGGGACAUAUCAGAGUUAUGGGACUUGAUGCUAUCAACUAGUUUUAUAACCCCGAAGAAACAUGUUAAGUUUCAAUUCAAU